AUGCAGAUGAGGUACGCUCAAGUGAAGCGCAGUAAUGGCACAUUUGGAAGUGCACAACAAAGAUCAGCAUUUUUAUCCAGCGAUGAAGCAGCGGGAGGAGCACAAGAGCACGGCAAUGAGCGAGAAGCAGCUGCUUUGACAGCAAGGCGUCACGCAACUAAUGACCAGCGAGAAGAAGGAGGUCGUCAGAGACGUGUGCAAACUGACGAGAUACCUUCUGAUAAUGUAGAUGACGAUGUUCAGCGAGAAGCAGCUGCUUUGACAGCAAGGCGUCACGCAACUAAUAACCAGCGAGAAGAAGGAGGUCGUCAGAGACGUGUGCAAACUUUGGACGAGAUAUCUUCUGAUAAUGUAGAUGACGAUGUUCAG